UCUUUGUUUGAGUCUGAACCCCGAAGACGACGUCGUGGAAGCCAAGUGAACCGGUUCCUUCUAUCUGGCGACUGGUUCUUCAAUCACGAUCAAACUAUUCUUUGACGGCAGAGAUCCGAUCUGAUAGCCUUCUCAGCCACACAGUGAGCGGAUUCCUCCGCACCACACCACCGUAUCGGCUAGCUGUGAAAACCUGAAGAAGAUGGCGAUUGAUCCGGCGAGGACACCACUGGGGCAAAUGCUAUUGGAGGAGAUCACACCGGUGGUGAUGGUCCUUUCUACUCCUUCCGUAGAAGAGGCUUGCCUCAAGAACAACCUCUCAUUUCUCCAGAUGCUUACUCCGUUCUGCUCCUUCAACGACAUCGACGUGCCGGUGAGGACCGCCAGUGACCAGCCUUAUCGCCUUCACAAGUUCAAAUUGCGCUUGUUCUAUGCUUCCGAUGUCAGGAAGCCCGAUUUGAAGGAAGCUAAAGAGCAAUUGAAGCAAGUUAUCACAGAUGCGGGGGAGAAAGUGUCUUCCGAGUUGGAUUCAGAUGUGCCAGAAAUCAAUCAUGAACUUGGGAGUUCUGAAUACAGUAAUACACCAUCCUGGUUUCAGUUUUUCAAUAAAGAGCUUGUUCGAAUGGCCUCCUUUUCAGAUCAUGAAGCUUUUGACCAUCCCGUGGCAUGUCUUCUAGCUGUUUCUUCAAAGGAUGAACAGCCUAUUAACAGAUUUAUUGACCUUUUCAAUACCAACAAGCUUCCUUCCCUUCUUAAUGAUGGUGCCAUGGAUCCAAAGAUUUUGAAGCAUUACCUGUUAGUGCACGAUAAUCAAGAUGGUCCUGCCGACAGCAGAGCAAGUAAAAUAUUGACAGAAAUGAGGAAUACAUUUGGUACAAGUGACUGUUUGUUGCUCUGCAUUAAUUCUUCACCAGAUGCUUCGAUCAAUUAUCAAGAUAAUCCUUGGGCUUCUAAUAUAUCUGGCUCUUCAACUAGUCAAGAUGUCGGUUGCUUUCUUAACGUUGAUGAUAUCAAUGAGAUCAAAGAUUUAAUGCAAGAUUUAUCAUCUAAGCACAUCAUUCCAAGCAUGGAGCAAAAAAUUCGUGUGCUCAAUCAACAGGUUUCUGCAACACGAAAAGGUUUUAAAAACCAAAUAAAAAAUUUAUGGUGGAGAAAAGGGAAAGACGAUGGUGCAGAUUCUCCCAAUGGUCCUAUGUAUAACUUUAACUCCACUGAAUCCCAGAUUCGAGUUUUGGGUGACUAUGCUUUCAUGUUACGAGAUUAUGAACUUGCCUUGUCAAAUUAUCGCCUAAUUUCCACGGAUUACAAGAUUGAUAAAGCCUGGAAGCGUUAUGCUGGCGUGCAGGAAAUGAUGGGACUUGCGUACUUCUUGUUGGAUCAAUCAAGAAAAGAAGCCGAGUAUUGCAUGGAAAAUGCUUUCAACACAUAUUUAAAACUUGGGUCAUUGGGUCAGCAAAAUGCAACACGAUGUGGUCUAUGGUGGAUAGAAAUGUUGAAGGCACGAGAUCUAUAUAAGGAGGCGGCUACUGUUUAUUUUCGUAUUUGUGGUGAGGAUAUCCUACAUUCUGCUGUGAUGCUUGAACAAGCAUCGCACUGCUACUUGGUUUCUAAACCCUCCAUGUUACGCAAAUAUGGAUUUCAUCUAGUGCUUUCCGGUGAGCAGUACAAAAAGUGUGAUCAGAUCAAACAUGCAAUUCGAACAUACAGAAGUGCUCUGUCUGUUUGCAGAGGAACUACUUGGAGUUACAUCAAUGAUCAUGUUCAUUUCCACAUAGGACAGUGGUAUGCUUCUCUUGGGAUGUAUGAUGUGGCUGUCAAGCAUAUGACGGAAAUCUUGGCUUGUAGUCACCAGUCCAAGACAAUGCAGGAAAUAUUCCUAAGUGACUUUCUCCAAAUUGUGCAGAAAACUGGACGAACUUUUGAGGUAACAAAACUUCAAUUGCCUGUAAUCAACAUCUCUUCACUCAAGGUCAUCUUUGAAGAUCACCGAACUUUUGGAUCACUUUCAGCUGCUAACACUAGAGAGGACCUGUGGCAUUCUCUGGAAGAAGAAAUGAUACCAUCAUUCUCUGUUGUCAAGUCUAAUUGGUUGGAGUUGCAAUCAAAGCUUAUUUCAACAAAGCUCAGUCGAUCAAAUGUCUGUGUCGCUGGAGAAGCUGUGAACGUUAAUAUUGAAUUCAAAAACCCUCUGCAAAUCUCAAUUCCCAUAUCUGGUGUUUCACUCGUAUGCAAAUAUUCUGCUAGUACUGAUGAACUUACAUCAGAUAAAAUUGAAACAAGGGUGGAGACUGAUAUUGAAGUUGACCACUUCAGGGAUAUGAGCUCAGACAAUUCCUCAUUUUUAGUAUCUGAGGUUGAUUUCUUACUAGGAGAUGGUGAAACAACCAUGGUUCAACUAUCAGUUACUCCCAUGGCAGUAGGUACUCUUGAAAUUCUUGGUGUUCGAUGGAAAUUGUCUGGUACAAUAGUUGGCUUUCACAACUUUGAAUUGAGCCACCCAAAGAAGAAUAUUGUAAAAGGAAGAAGGAAAGCAAAGCUCUCUCCUAAUGAGAAAUUUAAAUUUAUGGUGAUCAAGAGCAUACCCAAGCUUCAGGGUUCUGUUCAAUCUUUACCUGGAAAGGCAUAUGCUGGAGAUUUACAGCAACUUGUGCUGGAGUUGAGGAAUCCAUCUGAGUUUCCUGUUAAGAGUCUGAAGAUGAAGAUAAGUCAUCCCAGAUUCCUGAUUAUCGGGAAUCAAGAAAAUAUGAAGUCGGAGUUUCCUGCAUGCUUAACAAAAAAGAUAAAUUCAGUGCAAGGUGAUGCACAUGCUAAUCCUAAUAUCAUGUCUGACACUGUCUUUUCAUUUCCAGAGGGCACUUCAGUUCAAGGUGAAACACCCUUGCUGUGGCCUCUUUGGUUUAGGGCUGCUGUUCCAGGUGAUAUUUCUCUUUACAUGAGCAUAUAUUAUGAAGUGGGAGAUACAUCAAGCGUCAUUAAAUAUCGCACUCUUCGCUUGCAUUGCAACGUGCAGGUAUUACCAUCCUUGGAUGUCUCGUUUCAAAUCAGUCCUUCUCGGUUAAGAGUACAAGAAUUUCUUGUUCGAUUGGAUGUUAUUAACAAGACAAGUUCAGAAGGCUUCCAAGUUUAUCAGUUGUCCACUAUUGGGCAACACUGGGAAAUCUCUUUACUUCAACCUCCUGACACUAUUUUUCCUACACAAACUUUGACGGCUGGUCAAGCAAUAUCAUGUUUCUUCACACUGAAGAACUCCGGUAAAUUAUCAGCAUCGGCGGAAAACACAUCUACUAUGCCUGUCAGAAGUGAUGUAAAAUUGGUUGCUCAAAGCAGUGAGGAUUUAGUUUACGAUACAAAUAGUCUACCUUUGGUCAAUUUCCACCAUUAUGAAAGACUGCAUCAGAAAGCGUCGCAGGACGUUGGUGACUCAAAUACUGUUGAUUUUUUGUUGAUCUCUCGGCCAAUCACGAGUAACAACAAUCCUAGUUUAUCUUAUUCUCAUCAUGUUAUGUCACAUCAUGUGUGUCACUUAAGUACUGCUUGCACGGGGCCCAUUUCAUGGCUAGUGGAUGGACCACAAACCUUGCAACAUGACUUCUCUGCAUCCUACUGUGAGAUAAAUCUGAAGAUGCAUCUUUACAAUUCAUCUGGUGCGACUGUAUUUGUGCGUAUUGACACCUUAGAUUCUGCUAGUAAUGUUGGUCACAUGAACAGUGUAAAUGUGGCUCAAUCAGCAACUCCUGAUAACCAAUCAGGAUGGCAUGAUGUCACACCAGUGAAUGAAUCCAAAGUAACAUCAAAUGUUCUUGAAACCCAACCAGGAAAGGCACUAUCUCUGGAAAGUGUCUCCUCGCAUAUUUGGUCUGGAUCAAGCUCAACCAAUCUCCACCUUGGUCCUUUGUCAUCUGCAGAAAUUCCUCUUCAGAUCUGUGUGUUCUCUCCAGGGACAUAUGACUUGUCAAAUUAUGUUCUUAAUUGGAAUAUUCAAUCCGGAGGUCAAGUUGAAAGUGACGAAACUAGAAAGCAUUCAGGAAAGUGUCAUGGUUAUAAAUACUAUCUUACUGUGAUCCAAUCCACUUGAGAAGUUGAUAAAACUCUUCACUGUUCACUUAACACAUGCUAGAAACAAGUACCACUCUGAAGUUUGGGAAAAAAAAGUGUAGUAAGAGUUCUUUUUGUCCAAACAAUAACAGUGGUAAAAAUACUGGAAUCAUGGAACAGACUAUAGUGUAUUUGAACUGGCCAAGUUUCAGAAAGGAAGCUAUGAGCAUGUAACUUUUGUCGAGAUAAUCUGCACCUUUUCUUCUGAAUGCCCAGGCAACCUGAUCAGAGUUUUUGAGGGUGGGAUAAGGGUGCAAGCAGUGCAAGAAUUGGUUACCCUAAUUUUUUGGACCUGAUUCAGAGGAGCAAUUGUUCUUUCUGAUUUUUCAUGUACAAUUUAAAGUUUGUCAAAAACAAAAUAGUAAAGAAGUUUUAGAGGGCUUUAGUUUUAAGAUUUGCAAGACGGAAAUGUUUUACUACUGUGUAAAAAGUUGUUAGUUAAGAACUGUAUGGUAUAAUAUUUUUUUUGUUGUGAAAACUGUGGUAUUAUUUGAUAAA